UUACCAAACAAUUGUAAAUGUAUGUGCAUGAGACGUUUCAUCUCUAUGGUACCUUGUCUACAACUAAGCAUUUUACUCGCUUAUUUUAUUUGGUUACAACGCACUCCCUGAACCAAUCGCUGACACUUCCUGAGUAAAUUAAAUUGUAUACGCCUACUUGUUUUACGGGCUGUGUAAACCUCGAACUUCAAAGUACACUUGUUUAUGGUGUUUAAUGGCCUUUGAUAGUUAAUCUUAUCCUGGAUUACUAAUUCAUUUUGCCUUCUGACAACUUUUUUGAAGAAAAAAACCGAAGAUGAGUUUCUUAUUUGGAAGUCGUUCAUCAAAGACAUUCAAGCCAAAGAAAAAUAUUCCAGAGGGCUCUCACCAGUAUGAAUUGCUAAAACAUGCUGAGGCUACUUUAGGAAGUGGCAAUCUUCGAGCUGCUGUGAUGUUACCAGAGGGAGAGGACCUUAAUGAAUGGAUCGCUGUCAAUACUGUGGACUUCUUCAACCAGAUCAACAUGCUUUAUGGCACAAUCACUGAGUUCUGUACAGAAAUCAGCUGCUCUGUUAUGUCUGCGGGGCCCAGGUAUGAAUAUCACUGGGCAGAUGGCACCAACAUCAAAAAACCCAUUAAGUGUUCUGCCCCCAAGUACAUUGACUACUUGAUGACCUGGGUUCAGGAUCAGCUGGAUGAUGAAACCCUCUUCCCUUCUAAGAUUGGUGUUCCAUUUCCAAAGAACUUCAUGUCAGUUGCUAAGACUAUUCUGAAGCGUCUGUUCAGAGUGUAUGCUCAUAUUUACCACCAGCAUUUCGACUCUGUCAUGCAGCUCCAGGAGGAAGCCCACCUUAACACCUCCUUCAAGCAUUUUAUCUUUUUUGUACAGGAGUUCAGUCUCAUCGAUCGUAGAGAGCUGGCACCCCUGCAGGACCUUAUUGAAAAACUGGGCAGCAAGGACAGAUAAACACUGAUAAUAUCACCACAUCAUUCAGCCUUGAAACAGUUUUAGAACUCCUGAAAGCCUUUCCUUUUUUUCAUGUCCAAUCUUUGGAAUCUGCAUUCCUAUUUGUGCACACUGAUUGUCUUUGCAACAUCCCAACUGAGCUUCUUAAAAACUCAUAGAAUGGGUCCAUUGUUUCUUGCUUAAUGUGUAAAGUAUUUUGUUUUCUGUCUAUUGAUCUUUUCAGUAUUACAUUGUAGACUUUAUUUUGAGCUGUACUGAUCAGAAUUGUGUUUUUAUGGAAGUGAAACAAAAACCAGGAUUUUGUCAAACCAUACAUACAUUAAUUCUUUCAUGGUGUUGAAAAGGCUUUGAUGUAUUUGUAGUGUAUUUUUGUAAUAUUGCAUACUGUUUUGUAAAAUUGUAAUACUUUUUUUUUGUUAAUGUGAUUCAGCACUGAAUUUUAUUGCGAGACGUGUUUUGAUCUUAAGGGAUAAAUGGUUUUCUCUGAUGCUUAAACCCCCUUUUUAACUGUAGUUACAUUUUAGAGAUUAAUGUGCGACCAUUUACCUUGUUACAUUUUACAGAUUAAGUACUGAGUUUUCAUAGCAGGAGAGAUUAAAUGCAGGCAUGUCUGCAUUCCUGCAAUAUAUAUUUUUUUAUUUCUUUUUUGUCUAAAUAAUUGUCUACUGUAUCCAGAAUAAGAUUUUCUAGGGUUGGUUGUAGCCAAUAAUGUUUGUAAAGAUUUCCGAGACUUUUUAUUUUAUUUUCAUUUUUAAUAAACAU